AUGGCUUCUCCAGAAGUAACAACAACGGCCACUGCCACCGCGAUCCUCGCCCGCAUCAUCGACCUCUUCUUCCUCAACGAGCGAGCCUACGAGGGCCUCCCGUACACACUGUUCCACCCGGGACACUGGUAUCCCGAGAACGCCACCGGCCAGCGGAGCACCGUCACGCAAGGCGUCAACCGCUACUCGCUCAACGGCACCGUCCAGGCGGCCUGCAACCUGACGCAGGUCGGCAGCGCGUGGUACGCCCGCGGAACAGCGUCGCGGGACGACACCUUCUCGGCCUACCGCUACAACUGGACGAGCGGCGACGACAACUUCAGCUUCGCGCCCGUCGCCAUCACCGCCGGCGCCGAGCCGCUGACCGGGCCGAGCCCCACGCCGCACGGGUCGUCCUCCUCCGGGGCCGGCGCCGUCUGCGUUGUCGAGACCCAGAUCGACUUGACUACGACGUCAGGGGUCGGUAACGUUUGCUUGGCUCUGCUUGCGGUGGUGCUUGCUGUGUUGGACUUUAAGCCGAUCAUCUCGGAGUAG